AAACAAAAAGCGCAACAUAAAAAUCUCGCUUAACUCGAUCUGUCCUUGAUACGGUAGUUAGUGUGUUUAGUUCCACAUCCUCGGGACCGGAAAGAUGAAUCGUUUGUUCGGUAAAUCGAAACCCAAAGAACCGGGUCCAAGCAUUAGCGACUGCAUUAGCGGGGUCGAUUCGCGGGCUGAGGCAAUCGAGGGCAAGGUGAAAACGCUCGAUAACGAGCUGCGGAAGUACAAAGAUCAGAUGGCCAAGAUGCGCGAGGGACCCGCUAAGAACGCCGUCAAGCAGAAGGCCCUGCGAGUGUUGAAGCAGCGCAAGCAGUACGAAAGCCAGGUAGAGAACCUGCGCAAUCAGUCGUUCAACAUGGAGCAAGCCAACUUUGCACAUCAAACGCUGAAGGAUACACAAGCGACGGUAGCGGCCAUGAAGGACGGCAUGAAGUCGAUGAAGAAGGAGUUUAAAAAGAUCAACAUUGAGGAAAUUGAAGACAUACAGGACGAUAUGGCCGAUAUGCUGGAGCAGGCCGACGAGGUACAAGAGGCGAUGGGCCGUACGUACGGUAUGCCGGAGAUAGACGACGAUGAGCUGCAGGCUGAGCUGGAUGCCCUCGGUGACGAAAUAGCGCUUGAUGACGAUGCGAGCUAUCUGGAUGACGUCGUGAAAGCACCGGAAGCUCCCGACAAGGAACCGGGUGCCGACAGUGUCACCAACAAGGACGGAAUCUUAGUGGACGAGUUCGGAUUGCCGAAAAUUCCUGCUUCGGUGAAAACAACCUAAGAACAGCCUUUCCGGGCCUCCCUCCCAUCAUAAUUAUUUUACUUCAUAUACAGUUCUGCUUUCGGUGGCAUCGUCGGUUGCGUUCGGUUACCUUUAUUGCGGUCGCUACACGCGUCAGGUUAACUGCAGGAACGACAGUAGUGAUUACCAAAACUGUGUCCCACUGUGAAAUGGCACCACGUUUCUCUUGUUUAUAAAGCGAGUUUAUACACUAAUCCUAACAUAAAUGAGCAAAGUCCCGUGAAAUCCACACAAUGUUCGG